GUGAAUGAGCGGCUGUGGGGGGGUAGGAGGAGGAGGAGGUUGCCUUCACGGAUGUGUGUCCCCUACGCUCACUAGAAGGAGGUGUGCGCGCUCCUCUCCAGUGUUUGCAUCCAUUCGGAGGAGAGUGGGGGAUAGGCUACCUUCGGAUGCGAGCAUGUCACGAGCGCUGGGCCGUACCACGAGAGCAUCUGAGUAAUCCACGCCGGCGAUAAGCGGACACUGGAGGAAUAAAAGAAAUGGGGGGCCAGAUAACGCGAAAUGCCUUCUACGACUCCCUCGGUGGCCCGUUUCCGUCCACAUCGCACCGAUGUCACCACAAACCCAAAAGAUGUCUGCCCAUCCAGUAUGGCAGCGUCGGCGGGCCCCUUCCUAUCAGCCCUCUUCUUUUCCAUCCAAAUGCCAAGGGAUCGCAAAUUGUCAUGGACCUUACCCAGAAGACCGUAAAGAGACAGGCCAGCUUCUGCAAUGCCAUCACCUUCAGCCACAGGCCCAUUGGGCUCUAUGAGCAAGUCCGCCUCAAGAUUACUAAAAAGCAAUGCUGCUGGAGUGGGGCUCUGCGUUUGGGCUUCACCUCCAAAGACCCCUCCAGGAUAAACCCGGACAACCUGCCCAAGUAUGCCUGUCCAGACCUGGUGUCCCAGACCGGCUUCUGGGCAAAGGCACUGCCUGAGGAGUUUGCCAACGAGGGCAAUGUCAUCGCCUUUUGGGUUGACAAGAAAGGCAGGGUUUUCUACCGCAUUAACGAGUCCAGUCCCAUGCUGUUCUUCAGCGGAGUCCGCACAGCUGAGCCCCUCUGGGCCCUCAUUGAUGUUUACGGUCUGACCCGCGGAGUGCAGCUGCUAGACAGCGAGAUCGUUCCUCCGGACUGCCUGCGCCCACGCUCCUUCACAACUGUGCGCUCCUCCUCUCUGCGGCGCGAAGCGGACGACUCCCGGCUGUCCGUCAGCCUGUGCGACCUCAACCUGCAGCAGGAGGACAGGGGCUCAAUGCACAACCACGCCCACCGCCACACCCUCCACCUGGCCUCCGCCUCGUCCUCCACCUGUCCCAUCCCCCAGAACUCCCUCAACUCCCAGCAGUCCUCUCUGCUGCCGUCCUCCCUGGAGAGUGACCUCCACUUCCACCAGCUGCGCGGCGCCCACAUCAAGACGCUGGACGAGCAGACCGUGGCGCGCUCCGAGCACGCACGAGAAGAGCGCACCCUGGUCUUCACCAACCGGCCUCUGCGCACAGGAGAGACCGUUUUCAUCAAAGUCACCAAGUCCAGCCCGGCGCGCUCAGGCUCCUUGUCCUACGGCGUGACCUCCUGUGAUCCAGCUGUGCUGCGCCCCAGCGACCUACCCUACAACCCCGAAGCUCUGGUGGACCGGAAGGAGUUCUGGGCCGUGUGCCGGGUGCCGACACCUCUGCAAAGCAGCGACAUCCUGGGCUUCUUGGUCAACCAGGAAGGAGAGGUCAUCCUCAGCCACAACGGCACCAACGUGGGCAUGCAGGUGUGCGUGGACAACUCCCGACCGCUCUGGAUGUUCUUUGGCCUGCAUGGAGCCGUGACGCAGCUGAAGAUUUUGGGCUCCACUCAUCUCGGGGAUCCGCGGGCCACGUCGAACCCCAGCUCGCCCUCCUCCUCCCCGCACACCCCCAGUGCCCUGGGAAGCGGCAGCUCUGAUCCGGUCCUGAACGGAGGCCUGUGCUCGGCCGCUUACUGCAGCUCAGCGGGAGGAACAAACCCAAGUUCACCGGUCAGCCUCCCCAAGUCCCCCACCUUCCCAUCAGGCCGAGGGCCUUGGUCCGACGAGUGCUCCAUCUGCUACGAGAACGCGGUGGACACAGUCAUCUACGCCUGCGGACACAUGUGUCUGUGCUACACCUGCGGCGUCAAACUGAAGAAGAUGUCCAACGCCUGCUGUCCCAUCUGCAGGAGGCAGAUCAAAGACAUUAUCAAGACCUACCGCAGCACGUAAGGGGACGGAGACGAAUGGGCGGCCUCCCCUUCAUCAUGUAAAAUCCCAGAGUUAAGGAAAGUAAUGUUAAAGUUCAGGGAAUAUGAACUCUGGUACUCUGAUUUGGUAUUUUAAUACAAAUAUGGUUGGCUGGUUCUCCAAUGUGACUUUUUCCAAAGCCAGUACCUUUUUGUUGGGAAGCAGUUGGCACUUGAAGUGGCAGGAAGUUCCACCGAGAACUUCAUCCUUGGCAGAAGUGUUUCCCCCUCUCCGGGUUAUAUGGAAAACCUUGAAAACAGGAGGAAAAACUGAACCAAUUCUAAAAUGAUUUCAUUUAUUGAGCCAUGGUGUGAGGUUUAGGCGCGUUCGCCCAUUUGCAAGCCAGCAAAUGACUCCCUGUGGGGUUGAAUGCCUCGGUAAUAUCUCUCAGACGGAUGACUGAAGGUCUGAAUAAUGUUGUCAGCAGGACUUCUGCUGUUUUAGAAUUGGAUGAUGGGUUAGAUUUUAGAGUUAGCAAAAAAAAAAAAAUUAAAUAAAUGAGAAAAAACGGCAGCAGGUAAUCAUCUCAGUAUGUCACAACUUGUGUCUGUGUGUUACUGAGGGGAGGAGUCAGCGUGGCGUCGCCAUGCUGAAGCGAUGGGUCUGUUGUUGUUGUGGUGGUGAUUAUAAGUGAGUAAUGUGUUUAGACAAGCAAGGCGGUGCUGAGUAUAUUAGGUAGGAUUGUAACACCUCUUGUACUCUUAUAAUCUAAUGUACCUUUAUGGUAGUUCUAUUGCAAUCGUUGGUGGUAGCUAUAUUGUUGUACUAGCUAGCUGCUUGCUCUGCAGUGUGAUAUGUUGCACUGAAAUCAACAUCGUCCUCUCAGAAAUCCCCCCGUCACAGACAGAGAGGAUAAAGACAAUGAAAAACAAUCUACAAACCUGCAGACUCUAAAUUUACGACAGGAACCAAUAAGAUAAAAAAAAUGUGGAUACUCCUCAGGGCCAGCAAGCUUUUAUAUAUGUAUAAUUAUUUUCCCAGAACCUACCUGAAUUAUAUAACCACACCUAACACACUGUGAUCGCUCAUCAUGACCAAUUGACAAGUCCUCAAAAACAGCUCUCACAACAGCACACAAAAUGUCAAAGGAUUGUUGCUGACCGUAUCAGCCCACUGCCUUAACACAGUCACACAGAGCUAAUAGCAAUGUAACAUGUCCUGCGUUUCACAAAACCCCCCGGAUAAACUAACCAAAUAAAUGCUGUUACGUGACACAGAUGGUCACAAAACCUUCACUCAGAGGAGAAAAAAAAAAAAAGCACAAAAAGCUAUUUUUAUAACAGAAGUCCACCACAUUUCCAGUAUUUAACUUAUUAAAUCGUUUAAUAAUCUUAGUGACAGGACUUUCACCAGCAGCACAGAUUAUCUACAGAAAUCAGUUUCGGGGCAGAGGUGUAAAAGAUUUUGAAUAUUUGUAUGAUUCCUGACGUCCCCUAAUGUCAGCAUUAAAUAAGUCCCCCCCACAAAUGUCACCUGUACAUAGAAGAAGUCAAAGGUAAGCCAUAGUUCAUUGUAUUUUUGAAAUUUUUUCAUUUUGUAGAUAACGGGGCUCAAACCAAUGCUGCUACGGCACUAGUCAGCUGACAGUGAUGUUUCACACGUCCCCACCCCCUUCAUCGUUACAGUUUGAUUACGCUACUGCUUGAAGUGUUAAUUCACAUUUGAAUGUUAACUUAUGUAUUUAGAGAGGAAAAUGAUUUUCAUCAGUGUGCUUGGACUGAAAAAAAACAAAAAAAGCCCUUUUUUUAAAAAGAUUGUUUGGAUUGAUUAUUUUGCUUCUAAUGUUCUUUUUUUUCCUCUUUAAUAACAAUUUUUUUGUAAUAGUGAGAAAAACCGAGGGUUUCUCGUACCUUGCAGCGAAGAGAUAUUGCAGUACACAAUCAAAACUUGCUUUGGGGUGUGAGAUAUAAACUCUUGGUUUUAUUACAAUCCCUGAAUGUCAGGUGUUUGUUGUUUUUUUUUUGUAAUUUAUCGUGUGUGCCCAUGUUAGCUACCCACCCUCCCCAUCCCACUGUCUGUCUGUUUGUUUGUGUAGCUCUUAUCAUUAUGUAGUCAGAAAGCCAUCGGCGUAUGGUAAUGAUAAAUGUCACUUUAUAAAGCUACUGAUUGUAAUCCUUUAAAUGUUUAGGCCGGCGUUGCUCUCUGAGAUUCAGCCAUGGUGUGUUCUAUUUUUCGCAGACCAAAAUCCCAAAUGUUUUUAUUAAUUCAUUUUUUUUUUUUUUUUUACAUUAUGUAAAUGUGAUUCCUCUCUAUUCAUUCAUUUGUUUUUGGAUCACAUGAAUUGAUUCGGUUGAAGGUUUCGACCUGUAAAUGAUUUCAUUCACACUUUUUAAUCAAACUAUACCAUUUUCUUAUUAUUUUGUUGUUGUUGUUGUUGUUAUCCACAGGCUCCUUGAAUGUGACUGAACCUGUAAUGUAUUAUUUAUUUGUCCGUCACUGAUGUGUGGACUAAUUCCUGCUAUUCUUGUUUGUUUGCCCUCCUCUCCGCUGCCACUACACCGAUGCAGCUCGCCUGCGUGCGGCCAGUCAGACAUGCGGCGCAUUUACACCGUCUCUCUGUAAAUCCUGUUGUCAUGCAUGACUUUUCUGUUCACCCAGCGUGAACGCCGGGACCAACAGCAGACGAGCACCGGAGCGGAACGCUGUUAGUGUUGCUGUAGAGUGGACUCAGUGGCUGCAGAAACUAUUUAGUGCUCAGUUUGGCCAUUAUUGUGACACAGCAGCUCAAGUAUUUUUGCAUACCUAUAUUUUUCUUUCUUUUUUCAUUUGAAGCAACGAGCAUUUGUUUGUGACCUCUGUUCUGUGUGACUCGGAUGAUUGUGGUUAAUAAACUUUCCAGACGUG